GCCACUACCUGAAGUAUCAUCCAAUAAGCCCGUCGAUGCGCCUGCACCACAAGCGACAGUUGCUUCCUCUUCGCCAUCCGCAGCCGUCGGCUAUUGGCCCUGGAGCCAUUGGUUCCAAGGACACCCGCUCGAAUGCUCCGCUACGUGCAAUGUCAUCACCGCAAGAUUUCAACGCUCCGUUGACCUCUGACCCGCUGCCUAUUGGACUUGGGCUCACUGGUAACGACCAAUACAACGAUGAGUUUGGCUCAUAUCGCGAUAAAGUCAGCAUGGUGGAAGAUGCAAAGAAGAUUCGUGAAGGAUUGAUGCCUUUUGCCCCACCAGGCGUCAACGCGCUGGCUUUCCGACUUCCCGAAGCGACUCCGAACCCCCAGCCAGGAGCAAGUCUGUACCCCUCCGCCAACGUCUCCACUUUCAGUUGCGUUACCGCGAAGAAUUUAUUUCGGCCAGGAGCCAGGCUCUAUCCCCAGUCAGGAAGCCAGUACGCAGCCUUUGAACAUCAGGUGCCCCGCAACUACCCUGCUCGCACAGCUGGCUACAUGUUCGCAAACUGGAUUGGCCAAAUUGAAGGGGGCCUUUCAAUCCAACGAGUGGCAAUCCUGGGCCUGGUCCUUUUGCGGCCACUAGUUUCGGCUAUGGUGCCGGAUUCCCUGGCCAGCAAUUCGGGGGCCCGCCAAGACUCGGGUUGCAGCACUACAACCUAGGGUCAGCAACUCAUAUGCAGUAACGUAUCAGGAUAGCAUGCUGAUACAGGAGGAAGUAACAGGUA